AUGUCUCCUUACUGGAUUGUAUUUGGGAAGGCUUGUCAUUUACCAUUUAAGCUUGAGCACCGUGCUCAAUGGGCCAUUAAAAAGCUGAAUUUUGAUUUGAAAGCUUCGGGAGAGAAAAGACUUAUUCAACUUAAUGAGUUAGAAGAAAUUCGUUAUGAAGCUUAUGAGAAUGCACGAAUUUAUAAGGAGCGAACGAAAAAAUGGCAUGAUAAGCACAUUUUUCGCAGAGAAGGUGAUGAAUCUGUGUUCAAAGUAAAUGGCCAAUGGUUGAAGCAUUAUUUUGGAGCAGAAGUAGAGAAAAUGGCGAGCAUUAAGCUUGUUGAUGAGUAG